AUGGCCAGCUAUUCGGCCAGCUAUUCAAACCCGGAGUCGCUCACGGAGCUCUCCAGCAUAAUAGAGCGGACGCUUAUUGAUACGGGUCGUUUGUUCCGCAAAUCUGGCUCCAUGCCAUCGAGAACCCACCUGCAGCGAUCCCUCCCCUUGUAUCAUGACAGUUUCCAAAAUGCCCUGGAUAAUCUAUCAGAACAGAUUCGCUACCCCCAGCCCAUUGAAGAUGUGGCAAUGAGCGAUGUGAACCAACAGGCUAAGCUGGAAACCCAGCCUUCCCCGGUUGAGAAAAUUGAGAUUGACACAGAAGUUGAGCCUGUGUCCAAAUCAAAAGGAGCUGUCUCUGCGGGUCAGCCAAUUCCCGCACACAUCAAACCCGAGACCCAAUCAGGUGACGAUGUACCUAUCAAAAAUGAUCAGGACAACAAUGCUGCCCCCGACCCAUCUUUCUCUGGGGCCAAUGAAGAUCUCACGUUCGAUUCGGUCCUCAAUGACACUGGCGGUACCAAUGACUUUGGCCUCAGUUUGGACUUUAACGAUGACGAUAUGGGCAAUCAAGCUUUCCUCUCGGGGUCAAAUUUCACAGCUACUGGUAAUGCUGGUGGGGCCGACAAGCUAAACACAACCCAACCCGAGGAGAAUCCUCCAAAUGUCCCUGCUGGAGGUGGAGCAUUUGACGUAGAGUUGCAGAAGACUGAGGGAGAUGAUGGGAACUUCCUACAGGGCAAUUCUGGGGAUGAUUUCAUGGGCCCGGCCGAAUCAAAUUUCGAUGAUCUGUUCAUGGACACUGAUAAUUUCGGAGAGAAUGGUGGGGACUUCAAUCAGCUGGAGGGGGACAGCCUGAUGAAUGUCAAUGAGCUAGAUGAUAAUUGGUUUAACUAA